AUGUCCGCUACUGCUACUGCCAAUUCUUCUGCUUCUUCCACUGCCCCAUCCACUGCUAAAUCUUCGUCUUUUGCUCCAAAGAGAUUUAUUAAACGUCCAGAUGACAAAGCUUUAAAGGAAGAAGUUGAAUCUUUAAAGAAUGAAAUUAAGAAAUUAGAUUUACAAAAUCAAGAACUUAAUGUUCAAAUUUCUAAAUCUCAAAUUGAUCAAAAAGUUAUGGAUAAAAGAAAUCAAUUACAACAAGAUCUUAAAGAUUUGAUUUCUAAACAAUCUGCAGUUAAGAAUGAACGUAAUGCUAUCAAUGAUCAAAUCAAAUCAAUUGAUUCUCAAUUGAAAAAAAGAAUUGCUGAAAUUCAAACUCAAACUUCUAAAAACAAUUUUAAAAAUGUUGGAGAAAUUGAUGCAAGAAUUAAUUAUUUGGAUGGCUUAAUUGAUGCUGGUAAUUUGAAAUUAGCUGAUGAAAGACGUUUUGUUAAAGAAAUGUCUUCUUUACGUAAAUUACGUAAAGAUUUUGGUGGAAUUGAAAAAACUCAAGAAUUAAUUGAUCAAGAUAAAACUAAAAUUGCUGAUUUAAAGAAAAAAUUAGCUGGUAUUCAAAAUAAAGAACUUCAAGCUCAAUUUGAAUCUAUUCAAAAGGAAUUAGAUGAAAUCAAUGAUUCUAAUAAAUCUAUCAUCUCAAAGAGAAAUGAAUUAUAUGACAAGAGAUCUGAAAUCAAGAAACAAAAGGAUGAAAAAUAUGAUCAAAUUAGAAAAUUAAGGGCUGAUUUCGAUGAAAAAUUCGCUAAUUUCAAACAACAAUUAACUGAAGAAAAGAAGAAACGUGAUGAAGAAUAUAAACAAAGAUUGGUAGAUGAAAAACAACAAAGAAGAAAAGAACAAGCUGAAAAACAAUUAGCUGAAGCUUCUAUUCCUGCUUUCACUGAAGAAAUCAACUCCAUUCAUAACUUGUUAAGUUACUUUGACCCAUCUUAUGUCAAACCUGCUCCAAAGGGUUAUUCAACCAAUGGUGCUUCUACCGCCACCACUUCUAGUGAAAAUGCCAGAAAGGUUGAAUUCCCAGAAGAUUUCGUUGUUUUGAAAAAGGAACAAGAAAGUUUCUUUGCUGGAUCUAAAUCUAAAAAAUCUAAACAACACAAGAAGAAAUCUAAGAACUUCACUGUUGCUCCAGAUGUUGUUGUUUCUUUAAGUGAUUUAUCUAUCCCAUUCCCAACCAAGGAAGAAGAAGUUGAAGGUACUGUCAAAAUCUUGAAGGAAACUUUGGUUGCUCUUGAAGAAAAACAAGCUGAACAAACUAAGAUUAAUAUCGAAAAGGCCAAAGCUAGAAUUGCCAAAUUAGAAGCUGAAGAAGAUGCUGCUGAAGAACAAGAAGCUGCUGCUGAUGCUGUUGUUGCUGAAGAAGAAGAAACUACUGAUGCUUAA